ACUCGGCGAACGACAUUUCUCGAGCCACGAGCAAAACGAAUUGAGUGAAUAGAGUCUCUUCGAUAAAAAUUCGAGAGCCAGAGGACGUUGACGUUCAAGUGAUAGAGUGAAAAAUAAAUACAUAAAUAAAUAAAUAAACAAGUUGGACUCUAUUUUGUCCUGUUUACAAUUUCAAAUUUUACGCCAAGCACAACUGCAAGUGGAUUAUAAAUCGGCAUCGACACGUGAUUUACGUGCUGCGCACAAACUCGUCGGGUGUUAUUCAGGAAAAUUUCCCGCAAAAGCAGGAAAAUUCAACCCACGUUCAGUGAAGUGUGCAAGGGUGCUCCUGGUGUUGAGAGAAUAAAUAAGGAAUUAUCUGAGAUCAUGGCCUGUGAGAGUCUGCAAACUGUACCGAUGAUUGGAAUCACGGAGAGGAAAUCAACUGGACAAUUACCACCGGAGGACAUGCCAUACUGGCGCGAUAACCCCCACAUUACCUGUGGAAUGCUUCCAACAUUGCGUGUACUGUCGUCACGGGGCUGCGAGUGCCAGAGAAGCGUCUGCCUCGUGCCAAUAGACGCCAAUACAGAUUCCGCAAGUCAUCUGCAGAUGACCCUGUUGGAGGCGUAUUGCCGAGAAAUUGGUAUUCAAGUUCUACGAGUGCGUGAGAACGAUCUGCGAAUGGCCAUAGGACCGGAGCAUCGUGACAUAUCGUGUGUACUGCUCACGAGGGAACACUUUCUCGAAUCACCUGAAUGAUUCAUCGGCAAUUGAACUGGGAAAUUGAAUCAUCUUAUCUGGACGGAUACGAUAUCAGUCACAGCGGCAUACCCCGACCUGGGAGGAGGUGGGAAGGAAAUUUACCCGACUGACGACAGUUCAAUCAUGUGACUAAUUGAGAGAUGCUCUCAAUUUAUUGAUUUAGGAGCGACUGUUGUGCCCCGUAUUUGUGGUGAUCAAGGGAGAGUGGGGGGAAAUUGUUAAAAGACAUUUUUGUAGAAAAUUUAACCUCUGAAGAAAAAUCAUAUGACUUUUUGCUGUAAAUUAACUAGGUACUGAGAUUGUUACUUUAAUAAAGGAACAAACGGUAAUGGAUUCUUUUGACACAAGUAGAUUUGUGUCUUGUUAAAUAAUUAAUUCUCUGGGUAAUUUUCUCUUUUACGAGGAAAUGUGAUAGGACGUUUUUGGAGAAAAUGAAACUGGUACAAAAAAAAGGUUUCUGACUUUUUGUUGUAUAUUUACUCGGUACUUAGAUUGUUGUAUCAUUAACCAAAGCAGAGAAUGAAUUCCUUUGAGAUAAUUUUUGCGUUUCAUUUUAGUAAGCAGUAAAUUCUGUGGAUCAUCUCUGAUUUUGGGAGUAAAUGUGAUACAAUAUUUUUGAUAGAUAAUUCAAUUCUGGACAAAACAAUUUUGCGACAUUUCGGUGUAAAUUCGUUAGUUCCAACGAUUGUUUGAUAAUUAACGACAACGGAUUAAUAACUCCAACGAGGAUAUUUUGAUCCAAUUGCGAGAUAUUCUCACUGAUUUUUUUCAUUGCGCCUGUGGUGCAAAAACAGUUCUACACGUAUUGUAAGUAAGCGAUUAAAUGAUACGUCUGUGACAGAAAUAAAAUGUGGAAUGCAAAAAAAGAAUUUCUGAAUAAAAGAUCUGAUUUCAGCAAAAAAAAAA